UUCUUGCCGCUAAUGGGAUUAAAAGCUGUUUUGGUUACUAUGGCAUCCCGUGAGGAGAUUACUGUUGGUGAAGAUGAACUAAGGUCCCGCUACAGUCACGUAGAGAAGAUGACAGAUUUGGUGGCCGUUUGGGAAGUAGCUUUAAGUGAUGGUGUUCAUAAGAUUGAAUUUGAACACGGGACCACUUCAGGAAAGCGUGUUGUCUAUGUUGAUGGAAAGGAACAAAUAAGAAAAGAAUGGAUGUUUAAGUUAGUGGGUAAAGAAACAUUCACUGUUGGGGCAGCUAAAACAAAAGCCGCUAUUAACAUUGAUGCGGUCAGUGGCUUUGCAUAUGAAUAUACUUUGGAUAUCGAUGGGAAGAGCCUCAAGAAGUACAUGGAGAACAGGUCAAAAACAACCAACACGUGGAUUCUGAGCUUGGAUGGCACAGUGUGCAGAGUUGUUCUGGAAAAGGACACUAUGGAUGUGUGGUGCAAUGGUAAAAAGCUGGAAACAGCGGGUGAAUUUGUAGAAGAUGGGACUGAAACUCACUUCAGUGUUGGUGAUCAUGAGUGUUGCAUUAAGGCUGUCAGUAGUGGGAAACGAAAGGAAGGAAUUAUUCAUACCCUUAUUGUGGAUGACAGAGAAAUCCCAGAGGCUGUGGAGUAGCCUCUGCAUGACUGAUUGUUGUAGAACUAAAAGAUCAGGAAUUUUUAAUUACUGUGGUAAUUAUUUUAAUAUGUACUACUUAGUACAUCUACUUUGUGCUGGUUUUAUUUUCUAGCUUCUGUAUCUGAAAUUCAUCUUUUUGAGGACCAGAUGAAAAUAAUUAUAU